GUGUGUGUGUGUGUGUGUGUGUGUGUGUGUGUGUGUGUGUGUUGGGGGCCAGAACGGAACUUCCUCCCUCGCCUGGUCCAACACAGAAAAACAGUCCGGAGCCUUUAUAAACGGCCCAGCCCAGGUCUGGACCUGAACGCCUUCGGUCCGGCACCAUGAACCGAGCUCUGAUCCUGUGCGGAUUCUGGGUCUGGCUGCGGGACGCGACUGCGGAGCCGGUGGUUCGGUGCACCGGGAGGAGCGCUCCGGGUCUCUGCCUCUUCCAGAACCGUGUGGACUUUCGGGGGGCGGAGCAGUCGUGCAGGCUCACGAACGGACAGCUGGCUGAAAACCAGACGGAGGUGCUGGUGGAGCUGCCAGACGGGUUCGACGGGAGGUUCUGGCUGCGCAGUCCCCGAGGCACGCACUGCACCGCCGUGUCCAUGAGGAGCGGGGCCAACGUGACAGUCCAGUCGGUACCGUGCCGGAACCAACUGGACGGAUUUGUUUGCCGGUUUGAUCCCUCUGAGGUUUGCAGUCCCGUGCAGGGAAUCGGGCACGUCACGUACACGACCUCUUUCGUGACCCCGAACUUUGCGGUGGUGGACUCGGACUCCUUCCCACCGGGUACCGUGGCUGAGGAGGUCUGGUCCGGAGGCCCCUACCCGGACUCUAAACAGCUGUGCCACGGCCGGUGGCACCGGGCCCCCUGGUUCUGUGAGGUUCUGCUCGGCGGCUGCGAGCACGAAUGCGACCAUCUCUGUACCUGCCCUGUCACGCACGCGCUGCAUCCCAACAAUUUCUCCUGCGUGGCGCGCGCUCCCGCCACCCCCGCGCCGGGUCACCAGAUCCAGUGCAGAAGCGGAUUCGAACCGUCGCUGGACGGCACGCGCUGCGUGGACGUGGAUGAGUGCGCGGAGGAGGAGGACUCGUGCACGGAGGAGGGUGAGGAAUGCGUGAACACUGAUGGAGGCUACGAGUGCACGUGCAUGGAGGGCUUCGAGGAAGAGGACGGCGCGUGCGUGAACGCUUCCAUCUGCCUGCUGUGUGAACACUCCAACUGUUCUCGGGUCAGCGGGGAGUUCCGGUGCGCGUGCCGGGACGGGUACCGGGUGUCCCCCAGAGAUCCGACCCGGUGCGACCAGUACUGCCCAGAGAGGGUGUGCCGGGCGGUCUGCCACCGGGACCCGGACCUGGAGGAGCGGGACAUGCAACAGUGCACGUGCCCUGACGGGUACAUCGUGGACCUGGUGAACCGGACCGCGGACUGUGUGGACAUCGAUGAAUGCGAGCAGCAGAUGUGCGACCACCUGUGUGAGAACACGUUCGGUAGCUACAGGUGUGCGUGUCACCGGGGGUUCCGGUUGGAGAGGGGGGACAGGUGUGUCCCCCUGGAGGAGAAGGGGGAGGAGGAGAACCGCCUCCCUCCUUCUCCAAACGAAUCACCCGAACCCCUCAGACCCGCCCUGCCCUCUUACAUCAAGGCCGGCAGCGUCCUGGGCAUCACCGUGUUCCUGGUUCUGUGCGCGGCCGGGCUGGGCUGCCUGGUCCGAACCAUGAUGAGGCGCUGCGGCCGCCUGGACCUGACCUCCAUCAGACAUCCGGAUCUGGACAUCUUCUACCUGCAGCAGGUGACAACAGAGACCUACAAGAGGCUGUCAUUUGAUAAACAAUCAAAGAGCGACAUGAGACUCUGAUCUGGUUCUGACUCGUGGACUUCCAGCUUCUCAUCUCCAUAAGAGAGUCAGCUUCAGGAUGGAACUUCAGACCGGUUCAAGUGAAGAAUUAAGAUCUUGUUUUUGGUAGCUGCCAGAACAGUCUCGGUUUGGAGAAACAGAGAUCUUCUCUGACCUUGUUUAUGGGUCCAUCACAGAGACUACGGAGAGGUCACAUGACAGCAGGACACUCACUCACCCCACCCCGCUGCUGCAGCAGUUGGUUCUGGUUCGGUAGCUAAAACAGAUCCGGGGUUUCCCCUGAUUUUGUCAGAACGUGCGGUGCAGCUAUUCCUUUUUUGUCUGACUUUAAACGGACGACGUCAUCCACACGACUGACCUGUUAGGUCGUCAUGGUCAGUGAUGCAUCGUCCAUCCUUUUUUAAGGGUGCAAGCAUUAGCCGUUAGCAGAACGUCUGGCUCCCAUGUGCCGCUAUUCCAGCGACUGACUGGUCAGCGUGGAGCAACACCUGAUAUGAUUGGCUGUUCCUGUCGACCUGUUCUCAUGUGUUCUAUGAAGGAAUUUUUAUUUGUAGACGUAUAUUAGUAUUGUUUUAACACCCAGCCUUAUGAGAGUGAUCAAAUGUUUUAAAAUAAUGCACUGUAAACCCAAAUGUUGAAAAUAAUCUAAUAUAAUUGAUAUAAAAACGUUUUUUGAACUAAAAUGUGUUGAAUUAGUUCAAUCUUUUCCUUGUUUUAAGUACAUAGAACUCAAACUUUUUAAUUAAUCUGAAAAACAUAUUUUUAAUUAGCCUAACUUAAAUAAAUCAAUAAAGAACUACUUAACUUGAAUGAGUAAUAUGACCUAAAAAUAUUAAUUCAUAAUUUUAUGUUUCUCUAUUAUUUUAUUCAUCUUUGUCAACUUAAAGUGUGUCUGAUAAACAGACUUAUAUAUUUCUUAAAAUAUUUGUGGAUCUAUAGGAAAAAACAAGCACAAAUAAGCAAUUUUGGUGGAUUUCAGACACAACAAAGAACUGGUGGUGAGAUGCAUUCUGGGUAGUCAUGCAUUUAGUUAUUUUGUUCUAUUUUGGGGUGUUUAUGCAUGUUUAUUGUGGGGCAUUGCUGUUUUUAGUUAUUACUUCAAUCAGUGCUGAAAAUGUGGUGUUACUUUUCGUAUCAUGUUGGCACCAUAAGUGAGGAGGAAUGACCAACCUGUGCCGUUCAACUUUAAUGCAUGUCCAUCACAAAUGAAGAUAUGCUAACAAGAUAUGAUGCACUCAUGGAUCAGAUAUAAUGUCAGAUUUUUCCAUGCCUCAUUGACAACAAUGCACCAACAGAUUUGUGAGUCUCAUGAUAAUUUAUUUACAUAUUCUCUGAUGUUAACUGAUUCCAGAUAUUAAUGGUUUUCCACUUUAAACAUCAGACUCCUCUGGGAUUAGUCGUUCACUCUGGUAGUUGUAAGCUCAGUUUACUCAGUUAGCUAUUAGCUCAGUUAGCUCAGUUAGCUGUUAGCUCUGUUAUUUGUUAUCUCGGUUUGCCCACUUAGAAGUUAGCUCUGUAUGUUGCUCUAGCUUUGUUAGCUCAGCUAGCUAUGUAAGUUGUGUUAGCUGUUAGCUCUGUUAGACGAUUGCUCAGUUAGCUGUUAGCUUGGUUAGCUCUGAAAUCUGCAUUAGCUUUGUUAGCUAUUAGCUUUGUUAGAUGUUAGCUCUGUAAGCUGUGUUAGCUUUGUUAGCUCUAUUAGAUGUUAGCUCCGUUAGUUGUUAGCUCAGUUAGCUCUGUAAGCUGCAUUAGCUUUGUUAGCUGUUAGCUUUGUUAGACGUUAGCUCAGUUAGCUCUGUAAGCUGUGUUAGCUUGCAGCUUUAAUUAGAACUAACCUGCUUCUCCUAAACAAGAUGUUCUAAUUUAACUUUUCUACAGAAACUUACACUGAAGACAUUUAUGGCUUAUUAUGAUUAUUAUUAUUAUUGUUGUUGUUGUUAUUAUUGUUGUUGUUGUUAUUAUUAUUAUUAUUUUGUUGUUUUUGGUUAUUAUUGUUCUUGUUUUUGUUAUUAUUAUUAUUAUUAUAACUAAUAUCAUAUUUUUUGUUAUUAUUUUUAUUAUAAUAGUUAUGAUUAUAUUUUUUAAUUUGUAUUAUUUUUAUUAUUAUUGUUGUUGUUGUUAUUGUUAAUCCUCUUGUUGAAGAAACAAUAAUUGCAGCCUGUGUAUGUGCUUCUCUUGGAUCAGCUGAUUGAGGGCUUCUCGUGGUUCCCCAGACCAAAACAGGAAAUAGAUUUUUGCAGGUCGUUCCCAGGUUGUGGAACAAGCUGCCUACAAAUGUAAAACGGACCGACUCUCUUUAAAACUCACCUUUUGUCUCUGGCCUUUGAUUGAAGUGGUUUGUUUUACUGUAUUUUCUUCAUUUUUAUUUGACAAAACUUGGUACAUGUUGAUGUUUUUAUUAGGGCUUUAUAAACAAGCUGGAAGAAACAAAAAUAUAUUAUUUUCAAAGGCAUCAUUUACAGAUAGGCGACUCAAACCUGUGGUGUUCUGGUUCUGAUGAUGAUGAUGAUGUUUUUAUUCUAAAGCUCUAAUGUUUACUUUUUGGUUGGUUGUGGUUUUUUGUUGUUGUUUGUUUCUGUAUUGAUGGGAAAGCUCCACACUCGCUCAACUGCCUCCUAUAUUGACUGAGUCACAAUAUUACCAAAGUAGGAAAACUCUUUAAAAAGUGCUUUUUUUUUUAAAUGAAGUUUUAAAAUGUGUAUUCUGCAUUAAGACAAAUAUAAAAAACAUGCAGGAUGAAAAUCCUGAUGGAGAAAAUAAGUGAUGUGUGAGACGUGGAGUCCUCUGCUCCUGUUCUGUAUGAAUGUGGCUCCAGCCCAGCUGACGUGUUUUUAUGUAAAACAUGAUUUGGUUGUUGAUUAACGACACCACACCCAGCAGAUCUACUGAUCUGGUCUGAGAGCAGACGCUCACACAGACGUAGGCUAGAGACGAUGUUCUGCAGCUCCUCCUGGUUCUGUGUUUGUGAACGUUCUGCUCCAUCAGCUCCACACAGAUGUAAGAACCUGCUGCUGAAGCAACAUCCUGGCUGUACAUCCACGUGUCCGACAUGCUCAUAAUAAAGCUUUCUACUGUGGUUUUACUCUGGAUUUUAUUACAGCAGAUGCUAAAAAACAUGUCUGCCAUAGUAACAGCUCUGAAAUAAAUUUAUGAUUUUCUUA